UGUUUCCCACGGCUUCAAGGCACUUUGUCUUUGUGGCGUUGCAUUCUGGGAUAGGUUCUUGCGUUUCUGAGCCAAUCCCUAAGGACUUGAGCUAAACUUCCCAGCAAGCAGAGCGCUCGCACGGGACUCUGGCAAGGAUGGCGGGCCGUGAGAGUCCGCCGCCGGCUGCCCCGCCAACGGCUCCAAUUUCCUUCGGGUUCACUCGCACGUCUGUCCGGAGGCGACUGGUAGACCUCGGAGACGGCGAAGGACAGGCCCCAGAAAAGAAAGAUUUCUUGGCGACCGUGGAAGGGAGGGAGCUGCAGAGUGUGAACCCUCCAGAAGUCCCCAAGGAACUGGUUAUCCCAUUGAUCCAGAAUGGCUCUCGUAGGCAACCUCUGUCCAAGAACUCUAAACCAUCCUCAGAAACUAGCACUGUGUUGACGUCAGACAGUGUGUUGUCCCUGGCUGUGAAGGAACUCAUUGAGGAAUCCAAGAAGUCUCUGGAGGAGAGGGAGAAUGCAGGUGUUGACCCCACGCUCACUAUCCCCAUGAUCCAGAAAGGAUGUCCUCCCAGUGGGGAAGGAACAGACAGCGAACCUCAGGCUGAGACAGUGCCAGAGGAGGCCAACUAUGAGGCAGUCCCUGUGGAGGCCUAUGGGCUCGCCAUGUUGCGGGGCAUGGGAUGGAAACCCGGCAAGGGCAUCGGCAGUACUUUCAGUCAGGUAGUGAAGCCCAGAGUGAACUCUGUAAGACCAAAGUGUUUGGGGCUGGGUGCCAGCCUGGUGGAGGCUCAGACCUUGGCCUCUACUGCCUCUCACCACACAAGACCGGAUGGGGAUCGCGAGAAGGAUAAGGAAGGCCAACCUCAGGGGCUGGUGCAUGGAGGAGCUGUGGUUGUCCUUUCUGGCUGCUACCGGGGCCUCUAUGGGAAGGUAGAAGGCCUUGAUCCUGACAACGUACGGGCCAUGGUUCGGUUGGCAGCAAGGAACCACAUUGUGAAUGUUAGUGAGUAUUGCCUGCGGCCUGUUUCCCAGCAGGAGUUUGAUAGCCACACCUCGAAGCCAGGCCACGUGAGCAAAACUUCCACAGAGGCGCAGAACAGAGCAACCGGAACAGCUUCGUCAUUGCAGGCCUUACAAAAUCAGGAAGACUCAAAGAGGAGGCACAAGGAUUCAGAGAAGAAGCGGAAACACUCUCCCAACCGACACGAUGGACCUGUACCCAAGAUUGAGAAAGCAGCCCCUGGAAACAAGCACUGGUUGCACAGGGACCUGCGUGUACGGUUCAUUGACAAAGUAUACAAGGGUGGCCGCUAUUAUAACACCAAGAUGACAAUUGAAGAUGUCCUGAGCCCAGACACUUGUGUGUGUCGGACGGAUGAAGGCCGAGUUCUGGAAGCUGUGAGAGAAGACAUGCUGGAGACCCUGAUUCCCAAGGGAGAAGGCCACCGUGUGAUGGUGGUGCUGGGACCACAUGCUGGAAAGGUGGGGCUUCUUCUGAGCUGGGACAUAGCACAGAGUCGCGCUUUGGUCCAGCUUGGGAGAGAGAAUCGGGUGGUGGAGCUCCACUACGAUGCCAUCUGCCAGUACAUGGGCCCGGGAGACUCAGAUGAAGACUGACACAUGGACCAUCACUCAGGCUGUCACUCCUUUUGUGCAAUCUACAACAGAUGCCAGGGAGAAGAUGGGAGAUAAUUGUUCUGUCCUCCUUUGAGAUGCAGGGAUGGGGGCGUGACUAGAUAGAGCAGACUAUUUGCCAAAAUUUAGAGUGUAAUAAAAACCAUUUUAAAUCGUGGAAGGGUGAAAUCAAAACCAGUAUGUAAACAGUAAAUUUGGGUGGUAACUGAGAUAACCAAAGUGGAAACACUUCAUUUCUUAGCCUCAUUUCCCUGCUGAGGGUGCAGGACAAGUUAAAUUACCCAUUCAAUACAUAGCUCGCCGGGCGGUGGUGGCGCACGCCUGUAAUCCCAGCACUCUGGGAGGCAGAGGCAGGCGGAUCUCUGAUGAGUUCGAGGCCAGCCUGGUCUACAGAGUGAGUUCCAGGACAGCCAGGGCUAUGCAGAGAAACCCUGUCUCGAAAAAAAAAAAUACAUAGCUCACCCUUGGAACAUAAAAACUAUGAAGUCUGUCCCCAGACAAACACUAUAAAGUCUGCACUGCUGCAUCUCAACUUCUGAGUUUGGAUUUUGAAUGGCCUUUAAAGGCCCGUAUUUUUUUUAAAGGUUUACUGUAUUUUGUUGUUGUUGUUUUGUGUGUGUAUGAUUAUGAAUACAAAUGCUUCCAGAGAGAGAGAGAGAGAGAGAAUGAAUGAAUGAAUAUGUCAUUGGGAAUACAAAUGCUCGCAGGCUGUGAGUGUUGAGCCGCCCUGGAGUUGAAGUUACAGACUGGCAGGCUGCUCUGUGUGGGUGCUAGGGAGCAAGCUUGGGGCCUCUGGAAGCGCAGGAAGCACUCUUACGCACUGAGCACCUCUCCAGCUCACAUGCCCAUGUGCUAAAGGAGUCUUGCUCAGGAUGGGGCUGCUAGCACUUAUUUUGACCUUUGAAAGAUAAAGGCAGCCGGGCUGUGGUGGCACACACCUGUAAUUCCAGCACUUGGAAAGCAGAAGCAGGCGGAUUUCUGAGUUCCAGGCCAGCCUGGUCUACAGUUUACAUACUGUCUUCCAGGACAGCCCUAAUUACAUAGAGAAACUGUGUCUCGAAAAACCAAAAGAAAACAGAUUACUUAGGUCAUGACUGAGAACCUCCAAAACUGAUCCAAAUGAGACCUUUCCUCCUUAGAAUUUAAUUAUGGCUAGUAGUGUGUCAGAGGAAGGGAAACUAACUGCUGUUCCCAUUAGCAACUCUAGUUGGGACGUCUGUUUCGUCCUUGAUCCAGGGAAGACCUCCAGGAAUGUCCCUGAGCUGAUGAUGCACUAAAGAGAAAGAGGGACUUCUACCCACGAAUAGGAUGGGUUAGUUCCAAUUUCCAAAAAAGCUAGUCACUUUAGGCCCAGAACUUUGUGUAGGUUAAAAGGUAUUUCUGACUCAUGCAGUUUCUCUGCUUUUGCCAUACGUGAUUAUAUUCUUUUAUUUUUAUUUUUAAAAAAAAGGUUAUUGUUGAGAAUCCUGAACCUUUUUUCUGCUUAAUGGUUGGAGAAGAAAAGUCAGAGCCUUAGACACAAUUGUUCCUAAAUCAUCCCUUAUAUAUAUAUGGUAUUUAACUUAGAUCUGGGCCACCGGUAAAAAUACCUAACUUGUCCACCCGUGGCACACACUGAAAAGAAUCAAAACAUCCCAGAACUGAAUGAUUGUGGUAAAUGCGGCUAGAACUGGGGCUAUCAGGAAAUGUGCUAGGUGUAGCAGCACACACCUUUGAUCCUAGCACUCAGGAGACAAAAGUAGGCAGAUCUCCAUGAGUGCGAAGCCAGCCUGCUGUACACAACAGGCCCAGGCCAGCCAGAACUCUUUAAGAGCCUGUCUCAAAAAAGAAGUCAGGCUAGUGCGGCUUUCCCCUUCCUAUUGUCCCUUUUAGGUCUCUCUUAUCUAAGACUUUGAUACUUAAUCAAAUAAGAUAGGGGAGAGUGGACAUCUGUUCCUGAUUUCAGAGGAAGUGUUCAGUGUAUCUAUAUUUAAUAUAAUGUUGGCUAUAGAUUUAUUGUGUGUAGCCAUUAUUAUUUUGACAUAUUUCCAUGUAUUUCUAUAGUCUCCAGAGCGUUUAUCACAAAAACAUGUUGAACUUUGUCAAAUGCGUUUUCAGCAUUUACUGAAAUGAUUCCUGUUUUUCUGUCCUCAAGUUUGUUUGUAUGCUGUAUACCGUUGGCUGAUUUAUUUAUGUUUGCCUUUGGGGACUGAAGCCCACUUGGGCAUAAUGUGUUCUUCUCCAUGGGUUCCUGGAGUCACUUUGUAAGCAUUUUCUUAGGAUUUUUUAACAUAACAUUUUUAUUGACUCCCUGAUGAGAAUUUCACAUCAUACACCCUCAUCACACUUCCCAGUCCUUCCUUGUCUGUCCCCUACCCGACUUUGUGACCUCCCUGUGAAAACAAGUUAAAAUAAAAAUAAUAAAUAAAAAUUAGAAAAUAAAACUAA